AUGUCCUUCAGCUUGAGCUUGUUGUUGUUGUUCCAAGUGUCUCUGCAGUUUUCUCCACCUACAGUUGUUCCUAGUGAGGGCAAUGUUUUGACCGUCUCUGCUCAAGCAGGAUCCCUGUGUGGCCUCAACGCUGUUGGUCCGAGUGUCCGGAUCAUGGAGCCAGGAAGACGUCUGAGUGCUGAAGCGGUGUUCAACUUGCUCCCUGUGCGAUCACUAUCAGAUUAUCCGUAUCCUGUGGAGGAUGAACAGGAGUGCCUGAAUGUUCGACCCCGUCGACCUGUUCCUACAGACCAAGCUUACGAAGUGUUCAAGAGUGUGGGGAUGAAGGUUGCAACAAAUCUGCCUGUCCAAGAACCUCACUGCCUGAUGUACAGAGGCCUGAAUUACUAUCGUAACUUCUAUCGCAGUAGGUCUUCUAG